GCCGUCAUCUGUCUGGGACACUUCCUCUGACCAAUUCGGCUGCAAGGGGAACACUAUAUGCACAUUUAUCAUUCCACCUUCCUCUCUCCCAGAUCCUGAAACAAUCAAUGGGCCAGCACUCACAAGCACGCUGCUGGUAUCUUCUGCUGGGUCAGUUUAUACCAAGAUAACGGUGCUCAGCGUUGAACCGUUCACCAUUACGGAAAUCAAUUUCUGGUCAGCCACAAUCACAGCUGGUGAUGCAAACUAUGCUACUUUGAUUCCAGAAAAAAGUGUUCUGCCUCCUGCGUUCAUCUUGAACUUGCCCUGGGAGUGAAUUGACGUUUCCGCCAUCGGGUGCGUGGACUGCACUUGUAAUGAUCUCGCAGGCGCGAGGUGAGCUGUCCUUCUGGUUGUGAUAAGAUUAAUGACGCACGCAACUAACAUGUUUCGCAUAGGCCACGAUUUGGACGAGUAUGACAGUAACUAUAUUUACGACAAAGAGGAAAUGCCCUCAACCUUUAUUUACGUAAUUGACUCAUAUAUCAAUACAACCGAUAGCGUAAGCCGCUUUGCACAUCUACACUACCUUUGACCAAAAGCUGAUAAAUCAACUCAGCAAUUUGACAAGUUCAGAUCUAAAAUAACUGAUUUGAGCCCUACUGAGCCUGAUUGCUUCCAAAAGAUUUGGAGUUUCAGAAAACAUUUCCCCUGUCUUGAUUGGCUUGGACAAUGUAGACGCUAGGCAUACGGAAGUAUCGUAAGAGACAUUUCUGACUGCCCUCAAUAUAGCCGUCCAACACUAUAGAAUUUUAGGCGGUUCUGCAGAAGUAGGAAUGGCGAUCGUAAAUCUCUCUCUGAAUUUCAGGGAGACACAGGUCACGGAUGCUUGGAUCAAAGAGUGCCGCGAGUUGUUGCAAGAGUUUGUGGAGUUGGGCGCGCUGACUGUUGUGGCGUCUGGUAAUGAAGGACUGAACUCGGUCAGGAAAUAUCCCGCCAUGUUCGCUGCUAGCGACAUACCUGAGAUUCUCGUUGUAGGGGCGGUAGAUCUAGACGGGUCCAGGGUAACAUGCCUAUUUGCGUCCUAUGUCAGGCUUUUGAACACUAGCACUAAUAAUGGAUUUCAGGCGGGUUAUUCUAAUCUGGACACUUUUGCAACGGUACAUGUAUUGGGCGGAACUUAUUGCUCAAAAGGACUAGGUGGCUACUAUUAUCAGUACGGUACAUCUUUCUGUAAGUUCAAAAUGUUUCUACGAAGGUGAAGUUUUAGCAAUUCAAGCUAAUGACAUCCAGCGGCUCCCUUGGUAUCAGGGCUUGCAGCCUACUUUUUUGAUCUAUCUUCUCUUAGGAAGAAAUUCCUAGCUGAGUCAACGCCAGCGUUACGAGUAGCAGCAAUAAUUAGCUUCUCUUCUUUCUUAUCCUGUAACUCUCAUGUCUUCUCAGGGAAGGGUCGACUCCAGCUGCUACGAUGCGACCCAUUCCAUCGUAUUGCUUCAUGCACAUCAGAUAUCGACUAACAAAAUUCUCUGCAGCUGAAAGCUUACAUUAAAGAAUUGGCAUGGCCGAGAGAUGGUAGUGGCAUCGAAACAGUCUACAACGGUGUUGGAUGGUCAGAAGUCGAUCUCACCUGUCCCACCAACGCAAAACGUCAAGACGGCACCUACACCUGUGCAGCCCCAACAACCAGCACAUCAGCGACACCUAGCACCACCACCGCCUCCGCCCCCGCAGCAACCAAGACUUUCAACGUCUACGAAUGGGAGUGUGAGAGAAAGCAGCAAAUCACCAAACUGGGCGCCGCCGCCGCAUCCGCACUCACGUACUGCGCGAGUCAAAGCUCGUUUCUCAGUAAUGAAGGUGGUAUUUAUUACCCAGGGCGAUAAGUUUACUAUUUGCGGCUCCGAGUAUACGGUGAGGAUGUUGAUUCACUGGCUUGUCGGGUUACGGUGGCUUAGUAAUCUUACCGUAGAUAACUUUGGCCAUCAUGAUAAUCCACUUUUCUUCUACCUUACGUUAUCUAAUCUGAUUUCAGGGAUUUGUGGGGUGAUUUAUGGGUGAUUUAUGGGUGAUUUAUGUAUGGGUAGGGGUUUGGUAGCCUUAUGAUGUAUUAUGAUGUAUUAUGUUGUGUUAUGUUGUGUUAUGUUGUGUUAUGUAGUGGCAUGUGAAGAUGUACGAUGAUCCAAUCAGUCUCGUAUUUUUUCUUGUCGAGGGCAAUCAUUGUUUUUGGUUUUUGUGUUUGACUUCAUUUGAUCUGAUU